GCAUUACUAAGUGGUAAUCUUAACGUCAGAGCUUAUCACACUCAUACGGCUCUUCCGAACCCCUCAUCCUUUAGAUCGGCCUUUUGACGGCAAUUCCGUUUCUGAGCUUCUCACCUCCCCAACAUGAGCAGCCACCGACGGAGGAGCGCGCGAACUGCGUUGGCUUGCAAUUUCUGCAGGCAACGCAAAGCUCGCUGUUCAGGCUCCUGGCCGUCAUGUACCGCCUGUCAACGCCGGGACAGGGCCUGUGUCUAUCCUGGGCAGCCACUGUCCAGACUCUCACUGCACACGCCCAUUCCCGAGAACAAUGGCCAACUGGCAAACUCCCCGUCGCCUCCAACUGCAGAAUUACCCAGCGAUGAUCUUCGCCGGAGCGCCAUUGCUUACUUUCGUGAACACUACGCUUCAACCUUGCUGUGUUUUAUCCCGCUGCCAAAGCUCGUCCCCGGGGCAACGGGCGAUGACCUGCCCCUGCCGCUUCUUCUGAGUAUCCUUGCUUUAGUAUCGAGAUGCAUCUCGCCAGCAAAUAUCAGCGAGCGCUAUGCUUCACUCGCCCGGCAGGAACUUGACAAGACAUACGAUGUGCCAUCGCUGACGACCGUCCAAAGUUGUCUUGUCUUGUGCAUCUACGAGAUCGGUGAUGGCGCCGAGCAUAAGGCGUGGCUGCGUCUGGGACACGCCGUCCGUCUGGCUCAGUUACUACAGCUGCAUCGCCUGGACUCCAACCCCAGCCAGCUGAAUUGGGGCAAUCACCCUCCCACGGAGUCUGCCUCCCUGGCGGAAUCCAUGCGCCGCACGUUCUGGUGCUGUUUCUGCCUGGAGAAUCUGCUGGCUAAUGGUCGCGACCGAGUCGCGACCUUGUCGCCGGAGGAUAUCACCACCCAGCUGCCGGGCCCAGACGAGGCCUUCAUCUUCGAACGGGCGGUGGUGACGUGUACCCUGAGCUGCGCGUAUGCCUGUGUCCGGCAUCCUCACACCCCGGUGGGAAUCCUCGGGCAUACCAUCCGUGUUGUCCAUCUUCUUCGUCAAGUCCUCGCCUGGCAUGGGCGUGGCGGCCGGCAUUUGGACGCACGAUCUCCCUGGCUUCCUAACAUGCCCUUCUCGGCCUUGGGGGCUUCCCUGGAACAAUGGAGGUCCUCCAUCCCCGCCCAUCUGGACUUUGAUCUGGCAAAGCUUCCUGCCAUCAUCGCCUCGGGCCAGGACAAGCUCUGGGCAUUUAUGUUUAUGGUGUACUUUGAGGCCAGAUUAUAUCUCUACCGAGAGUAUCUCCCCUUCAUCGCCAAUGAUGACUAUGACCCGGCAGACGGUCCCUGUGACGGCCCGGUCUUCGAGCCGACAGACGUGCCCGCCCCAGUCAAGUUCUGGCACACAGCAACCGACAUGAUGGUGGAGAGUGCCAAUGCCAUCUCCGACCUCUUUGAAGCCAUGACCAGCCGGCAGCUCUCGGCUGCCGCGUAUCCCUUUCACGGACUGGGCCUACUCGCCGCCGCAAGCGUUCACAUCAUGCAGGCCACCUUUCAGUGGGCAAGCAUGCAGCGACACUUCGCCCACAAGUCAAGUCUAGACUAUCUCAAACAAGACCUGGGUGCUGUCAACCAUCUCGGACAGCACUGGAGCCUGGCCAUCCACUGGAUUCGCCAAAUCUCCAUCUACUACAAGCUCAACAGUAUGGCCAAGGAACGCCGGUUCAGACGCGAUUCGCCUGCAGUCGAUCUACAUCGCGUCACAGAUGGCAUCAUGAACUACGUCCGCGAAAUCAGCCAGCAGGAUCGUGAGACUCGACAAGUCCAUCUCGGGAGACAGUUCGACUUUGACGAGUGGGUGUCUGUCCUAGAGAGGUCUGUAGACCAAACUCUUGUGUCAGAGACUCAGCCCGAGCUGAGCACCCCAGAGACUCACUCUUUUGCUGUGUCUGAUCUUCUCGAAAGCGAGAAUGCACAUGGAGAGCUGUUGCCCUGGCCCAAUCACCUCAAUGAGCUGGCUUCAGCAGUCACUCAGGUUGACUGGAUGUCUGAUAACUGGGAUACUUGGAAUAACUAGAAUGUCUAGGGGUGUUGGUUAUCUUUUAUCAAUACGUAAAUGGCAUUUACCAGAAGAUAUAGUUAGGGUUAGGGUUUAGGUUUUUUUACCUACUGUAAGGACUGUUACAAUAGAUAUAACAUUAACCUAUUGAAUAAAGAAAUAGGGAAAGUCACAAUUAGGGUUAGAUAGAAUAAAAUAAGCUAGAUAUAAAUAU